AUGCAUCAUGUUUGCAAUUAUGACACAUACUUCGUUCAGAAGUAUGAUGCUACUAGGGUUUUAGGUCUUCUUCUAGAGCAAAAACUUACAGCUUCUUUACGUUUGCUGGCGUUUGGCGCAUCUGCAGACCAGGUGGAUGAGAUUGUUAGGAUGAGGAAAUCCACUAUCCUAGAGAGCUUAGUCAGAUUCUGUGAUGUAAUCGAAACUCUUUACAUGAAGGAUUACCUCCGCAAACCUACGCCUAGGGACCUCCAAAGGCUUUUAUAA